UCAGUCAGUUGGUUUGGAUAUUUGGAUAUUGUGCACGGGAUACUCUUUUUCUCCUUUUUUUGCUUUUCGGUUAGAAAGAAGGAAGUGGUUUUCCUUAAUUGUUCAGAAUUUGUUACACACACGAACAAUUAAGGGUAAACAUUUAAAAUAGAAAAGUAAUAAAUGGAUUUAUCGUUGUAAAAAAUGAACCAGAAUUAAAAAUUAAUGAAAACAGUGUGAAAACAAAAUAAAAAUUGUGUAUUGAUCAUUCGAUCAUGAAGGCAACGGCAACCUUUAAUUGAAACAACAAAAGUGAGAAGAGAGAAAAAAUUAUUGUAAACCAGCUAAAGGAAAAGCUGGGAUUAAAGGAAUAGCGAGCAGUGCGAACAAAAGGGAUAGAGAGUGAGUGAGAGAGAAUGAAAAUGUGAGCGAGAUCGAGCGAGAAAACCAGAAACCUGAAGAAUUGACCAUAAUUUCGAAAAAGUGGUUUAAUCGUCAAAGAUUCUUUUGCUCUGCUCUUUACCAUUGUGUGUGAGAAAAAAUACACAAAUUAAAGUGAACAUAAAAUACAAAUAAAACAUCUAUAGGUCCAUAGUGACAACUGAAUAAAAGAAAACUAAAAAAAUAUGUGGCUACCGACGACCACUCUUAAGGAACGACUUAAAGUCGUUUUCAUAUGUGUGUGAAGAAUUUAAAAAGUGAUUUUUUCUCUAUCAAUGGAAUAAGAAAAAUUGUGCUACUAAAUUUCUGCAAAAGGAUUAUACACAGCCGAGCCACUGAUUUGUUGGCAAAAACAGCAUUUUGCAAAAUAUCGAAUAUGAAUUCAAAUUGAAAAAUAAGCAAAAAGAGCAAAGGCUAUUCAUUCCUUACAACUGAUUGAGAAGUGCAAAUUAAAAUAUCAUUUCGAAUUCCCGGAAUACAAGUAAAGAGAGAGAAAUAGAAACGAAAAACGACCAAUUAACCUCAGAGACUGACUGGUGGGUUGGUUAAGAUUCCAGUGGAUACAUCGCAUCGCACAUACAUCGGCGGCGACUCCUGUUGUUUCUUCACUACACCCAAGCAGCCACAAAACUGGAUUACAAUGCGGCUACUGGUUAAAAACCACACCUUUGCAAAGUCUGAUAUAUUUUGGAUAAAAUAUUUAACAUUAUGUUUCCUGAUACCCUUCAUACUAGUGCCAGGCAUUUCCGCAGCGGGUUCAUGCAUAUCAGAAGGCUGCAAAAAUGGCGGAACAUGUAUAACGCAUACAAAUGGCGUUUCCACAUGCAAUUGCAGUUCCAAGUAUGUCGGCGAGUACUGCGAAUACCAGAAUCCCUGCCUGACCGGACCUGGACGUUGCCAGAAUGGCGGAACCUGUCAGGUUUCCUAUCGCAACGAUCGUCUGGGUAUCUCCUGCAUAUGCCCGCUAGGUUUCACCGAGUCGUUGUGCGAAAUAAAGGUGCCAAAUGCCUGUGAUUCAUCACCAUGUCAAAAUGGUGGUACCUGCAAUCUUAAGACUCUCGAAGAAUAUACAUGUGCGUGUGUUAAUGGAUUUACAGGCAAACAUUGUGAAACAAAAAAUAUUUGCGCCACAUCACCGUGUUAUAAUGGAGGAACAUGUACAUCUCUAGCUGGAAUAACAAACUUCAAGUGCAGAUGCCCCCCGGGAUUUAAGGGCCCUACAUGCAGCGAUGACGUCGAAGAAUGCAACAAUAAUCCCUGCAAGCAUGGCGGAACCUGUUUGAAUACCCAUGGCUCAUAUCAGUGCAUGUGUCCAGCUGGUUAUACUGGCAAAAACUGUGAAUCAAAGUACGUUCCCUGCUCUCCAUCACCGUGUCAAAAUGGUGGCACAUGUCGAUCAACUGGUUUAACAUAUGAGUGCAAGUGUCCAGAAGGUUAUCAAGGUAAAAAUUGUGAUCAAAAUAUUGAUGAUUGUCCUGGACAUACGUGUCAGAAUGGUGGUACUUGUAUUGAUGGAAUCAACAGCUUUCACUGUGCCUGUCCGCCCAACUAUACCGGGGAGAAUUGUGAAAAGGAUGUGGACGAAUGUGCCAUUAGACCCUCUGUUUGUCAAAAUGGCGCUACUUGCACCAACUCACAAGGUUCGUAUUCUUGUAUAUGUGUCAAUGGUUGGACUGGCCCGGAUUGUAGUGAAAAUAUCGAUGACUGUGUGGCUGCUGCUUGCUUCUUUGGAGCCACUUGCAUUGAUGGUGUUGGCUCCUUUUAUUGCCGCUGUACGCCGGGUAAAACGGGCUUACUUUGUCACUUGGAUGACGCUUGUACCUCAAAUCCGUGUCAUUCCGAUGCGAUCUGUGACACCAGCCCCAUCAAUGGUUCCUACACGUGUUCUUGUGCCACCGGUUACAAGGGUGUUGAUUGCUCCGAGGAUAUUGAUGAAUGCGAUCAGGGAUCUCCCUGUGAACACAAUGGCGUUUGUGUCAAUACUCCUGGCUCAUUUCGUUGUAAUUGCUCACAGGGAUUCACUGGCCCACGCUGUGAGACAAAUAUAAAUGAGUGUGAAUCCCAUCCGUGCCAGAAUGAGGGCAGCUGUUUGGACGAUCCCGGAACUUUUCGUUGUGUUUGCAUGCCCGGUUUUACUGGAACUCAGUGUGAAAUCGAUAUCAAUGAAUGCCAGUCGAAUCCCUGCCUGAAUGGAGGAAUUUGUCGUGAUAUGAUCAAUGGUUUCAAAUGCUCCUGUGCCAUGGGUUUCACUGGUUCCAGAUGUCAAAUAAACAUUGACGAUUGUCAAUCUCAGCCUUGUCGUAAUGGUGGCAUCUGCCAUGACUCCAUAGCUGGUUAUACUUGCGAAUGCCAUCCGGGUUACACUGGGCUCUCUUGUGAGGUCAAUAUAAAUGAUUGCGACUCGAAUCCUUGUCAUCGAGGAAAAUGCAUAGACGGAGACAAUCGCUUCACCUGCGUAUGUGAUCCAGGCUUCACCGGCUAUCUCUGUCAAACGCAGAUUAACGAGUGUGAGUCCAACCCCUGCCAGUAUGGAGGGCAUUGUGUUGAUCGUGUGGGUUCAUAUGUGUGCCACUGUUUACCCGGUACUUCGGGUAAGGAUUGUGAGAUAAAUGUCAACGAAUGCCAUAGCAAUCCCUGCAAUAAUGGAGCCACCUGCAUUGAUGGCAUCAAUAAGUACACCUGCCAGUGUGUGCCGGGAUUUACUGGUGUCCACUGUGAAAUCAAUAUCAACGAAUGUGCCUCGAAUCCCUGUGCCAAUAAUGGUGUUUGUAUGGAUCUAGUUAAUGGCUAUAAAUGUGAAUGCCCGCGAGGAUUCUACGAUUCCCGAUGCCUAAGUGAUGUGAAUGAAUGUGCUUCGAAUCCUUGCAUAAAUGGUGGUCGCUGUGAGGAUGGAAUCAACGAGUUUAUAUGCCUCUGUCCUCCUGGCUACGGUGGAAAACGUUGUGAAAUCGACAUCGAUGAAUGCUCCUCGAACCCUUGUCAGCAUGGAGGAUUUUGUGUUGACGAAUUGAACGCCUUCAAAUGCCAGUGUAUGCCUGGCUACACUGGUCUUAAGUGUGAGACCAACAUAGAUGAUUGUAUCAAUAAUCCGUGUGCCAAUGGUGGCACUUGCAUCGACAAAGUGAACGGCUAUAAGUGUGUAUGCAAGGUCCCUUAUACUGGUGUGGACUGUGAGUCCAAAUUGGAUCCAUGUGCAACGAAUCGUUGCAGAAAUGAUGCCAAAUGCACUCCUUCGCCUAAUUUCUUGGACUUUUCUUGCACUUGUAAAUUAGGUUAUACCGGCCGAUAUUGCGACGAAGACAUUGAUGAGUGUAAACUGUCGACACCUUGUCGCAAUGGCGCCACUUGUCACAACGUUCCCGGUUCGUAUCGUUGUAUAUGUGCCAAAGGCUACGAGGGCCACGAUUGUGCCAUUAAUACCGAUGACUGUGCCAUGUUUCCAUGCCAAAAUGGUGGAACUUGCCUCGAUGGCAUUGGUGAUUAUUCCUGUCUAUGUGUGGAUGGUUUUGAUGGAAAGCACUGCGAAACGGAUAUUAACGAAUGCUUGAGUUUGCCAUGCCAGAAUGGAGCCACUUGCCGGCAGUACGUGAACUCAUACACCUGCACUUGUCCCUUAGGAUUUUCGGGCAUCAAUUGCCAGACCAAUGAUGAGGAUUGCACUGAGAGUUCUUGCAUGAAUGGUGGCACUUGCAUAGAUGGCAUCAAUAGCUACAACUGCUCUUGUCUACCUGGAUAUACAGGUUCCAACUGUCAGUAUAAAAUUAACAAAUGUGAUUCCCAGCCUUGCCAAAACGGAGCCACUUGCCAUGAGAAUGGCGAAGAGUAUACUUGUCACUGCUCCUAUGGGUACACAGGCAAACAGUGUACCGACUAUGUCGAUUGGUGCACCAAGUCACCAUGCGAGAAUGGAGCCACUUGCACCCAGCUCAAGAAUCAGUUCAGUUGCAGAUGUGCCCCAGGUUGGACCGGAAAAUUGUGCGAUGUCGAAAUGGUGUCCUGCAGUGAUGCUGCCAUACGAAAAGGAGUUUCGUUGGAACAGUUGUGCAACAAUGGCACUUGUAAGGAACAUGGAAACAUCCAUAGGUGCUACUGUAAGCAAGGAUAUACGGGCAGCUAUUGUCAACAGGAAAUCAAUGAAUGUGAAUCUCAACCCUGCAUGAAUGGCGGUACAUGCCGUGACUUGAUUGGCUCAUACGCUUGUGUUUGCCGCAAGGGUUUCCAGGGCCAAAAUUGUGAACUUAACAUCGAUGACUGUUCGCCAAAUCCUUGUCAGAACGGCGGUACUUGCCACGAUUUGGUGAACACCUUUAGUUGCUCAUGUCCUCCCGGAACGGCUGGCCUAAUAUGUGAAGUAAAUGAGAAUGAUUGCAAGCGGGGCUCAUGCCACAACAAUGGAACUUGCAUCGAUCGCGUGGGAAGUUUUGAGUGUGUUUGCCCACCAGGAUUUGUUGGCUCGCGGUGUGAAGGAGAUAUCAACGAGUGUUUAUCAAAUCCCUGCUCAAAUGCCGGUACUUUGGACUGCGUUCAACUGGUAAAUAACUAUCACUGCAACUGCAAACCGGGUUACAUGGGUCGACAUUGCGAGAACAAGGUUGACUUCUGUGCCAACUCCCCUUGCCAGAAUGGUGGCAUAUGCUCCCCCAAGCAGGGAGGCCACCAUUGUUUGUGUACCGAAGGAUUCUAUGGAAAGAAUUGUGAGUUUUCUGGCCACGACUGUGAUUCGAAUCCCUGUCAAGCGGGUACUUGUGUCAUCGAUGAUGGAGGUGGCUACCGUUGUGAAUGCCCCCGGGGAACAGAUGGAAGACACUGCGAACGUGAUACAAUGGAUGAGUGUACCCCCAAUCCCUGUUUGCAAGGUGCUGCCUGUGACAACCUCCUAGGCGAUUUUGUUUGUUUCUGUCCUGCCAAGUGGACGGGAAAACGUUGCGAAAGCUAUGAUCCCAACUACCCCGGAUGGGUCUUGGAUCCUUCGCGAGGAGCGCUCAGCAAAUACACGAAGGACUUGGAGUAUCAAAGGGAGAUGUGUGUUAAACGCGGGUGUGAACAAAAGAAGGGUAAUCAUGUUUGCGAUCCUGAAUGCAACACCUAUGCCUGUAACUUCGAUGGUAAUGACUGUUCAUUGGGCAUAAAUCCUUGGAUUAACUGCACAGCGACCAUUCAGUGUUGGCAGGUUUUCAUGGAUGGAAAAUGCAAUGAGGAGUGCAACAAUGCUGCUUGUCUGUACGAUGGCCGCGACUGUGAGAAAAAACUGCAACCCUGUAAUCCUAUUUACGAUGCUUACUGCUCCAAACAUUACGCCAAUGGGCGCUGCGACUAUGGUUGCAACAAUGCUGAGUGUAAUUGGGAUGGCUUGGAUUGUGAGAACGAAGCUGAACCGCCCAAUCUAGCUGAUGGAGCGAUCUCUGUUGUGGUCUUGAUGGAACUGGAGGAGUUCCGAGAGCAGCAGGUGGUUUUCUUACGAGAAAUGGGUCACCAUUUGAGAACGACUGUACGUAUAAAGAAGGAUCCGCUGGGAAAUGACAUGAUCCUCACCUGGAAAGGUACACAGCCCAUCAAAGACAUUCAAAAUACCGAAUUUGGACGCAAGAAUAAAAUCCUCUUCACAGAGCGCAGAGAGAAGGGCAUCCAGGUGUAUUUGGAAAUCGACAAUCGGAAAUGUACGGAAUGUUUUUAUCGCGCAGCUGAAGCUGCAGAAUUCUUGGCCGCUUCUGCAUCGAAGUAUACCCUCUCGUCCAAGUUCCCCAUCUACAGUGUGCGUGGUGUACAGAAUCCUGGAGAAGAUAUUGUUGAAACGCCUACCAACGUCAAAUAUGUUACGCUUGGCAUAAUUCUGGUGGUACUGGCAUUUGCGUUGUUCGGCGUUUUAGUGACUACACAACGUAAGCGUGCCGCCGGCAUCACCUGGUUCCCCGAAGGUUUCCGCACACCAACCAUCAAUCCGCAGCGCAGACGCCGAGAUCCCACAGGGCAGGAGAUGAGAAAUUUGAAUAAAAAUCCUUCUAUGGCUUGCAUGAGCAACGAUGUCAACAUGAACUCAGGGCAUAUGGGCCAUGCACCACAGUGGUCGGAUGAUGAAUCGGAUAUGCCGCAACCAAAACGUCUACGCAACGAUCAUGGUGGUUAUGCCAGUGACCACACAAUGGUCACCGAUUAUGAGGAGGCUGACACUCGUGUCUGGUCCCAGGCUCAUCUCGAUGUGGCAGACGUUCGCUCCUCGAUAAUGACUCCUCCGGCCCAUCAAGAUGGCAAACAUGAAGUUGAUGUCCGUGGUCCUUGUGGCAUGACUCCUCUGAUGGUUGCCGCCGUUCGCGGUGGUGGCAUUGACAAUGGCGAAGACAUAGACAACGCCGAUGAUACCACUGCCCAGGUGAUUUCGGAUCUUUUGGCUCAAGGUGCCGAGCUUAAUGCUACCAUGGAUAAAACCGGAGAGACCUCAUUACAUUUGGCAGCGCGUUACGCACGGGCCGAUGCUGCGAAGCGCCUACUUGAUGCUGGAGCCGAUGCUAACUGCCAGGAUAACACGGGACGUACUCCGCUACAUGCUGCUGUGGCCGCCGACGCCAUGGGUGUAUUCCAAAUUCUUUUGCGAAACCGGGCCACUAACUUGAACGCUCGCAUGCAUGAUGGGACAACACCGUUGAUAUUGGCCGCCCGUCUUGCUAUCGAAGGCAUGGUGGAGGAUUUGAUAACCGCAGAUGCCGAUAUAAACGCUGCUGAUAACUCUGGCAAGACAGCUCUGCACUGGGCAGCUGCUGUCAACAAUACCGAGGCUGUCAACAUUUUGCUUAUGCACCAUGCGAAUCGCGAUGCUCAAGAUGACAAAGACGAAACACCCCUUUUCCUUGCAGCCCGAGAAGGUUCCUAUGAAGCAUGCAAAGCCCUGUUGGAUAACUUUGCCAACCGCGAGAUCACCGAUCACAUGGAUCGUUUGCCACGAGACGUUGCUUCGGAACGCUUGCACCAUGACAUUGUACGUUUGUUGGACGAGCAUGUGCCCAGAUCUCCGCAAAUGAUUGCAAUGGCACCACAAACAAUGAUUGCAUCACCCCCACCCGGCAGUCAACCUCAAAUGAUUACUCAGCCUACUGUGAUUGCAGCCGGUAAAACGUCAAAGGCUGCCCAAAAUAAGGCCGCAAAGAAGGCCAAACUUUUAGAGGGCAGUCCAGAUGGAUUACUCGACAAUGGUGGUAGUCUUCGACGCAAGCCGAGUUCAAAAAAGGGUUUAGGCCAGCCGGCGUCAAAAAAGGGAAACAACAGCAGCAGCAAUCUUACGGCCUCACAGCUGCUGAAUGGGCUGGCUGGUGGCCCGACGGCGCAGGGCCCAGGUUCAGUGGAGAACCAUCAGCAACAGCUGCUGGAUGCAGCUCUCAGUUCGGUGGACUCGCCGCCGCCGACGGCUUUAACAAGUCAACCGAGUCCCUACGACGCCACCUCAAUGUAUUCGAACGCAAUGAGCGGCGGCGGGGCGCAAACCAAUCAUCACAACGAUCUGCUGGGGAGCAACAACGUGAAACACCCACCGAGCUAUGAGGAUUGUGUAAAGAAUGCACAGUCCAUGCAAUCGCUAAUACCCCAACAGAGCCAUGACAUGAUCAAAAUGGAAAACUAUGGCUACUCAAUGGGUUCGCCGUUUCAUCAGGAGCUAAUGAAUUCCAAUCAAAAUGGCAACAAUGGUUUGAAUGGCAAUCUGGGGGGCCAUGAACAAGGCCUUAGCCCACCCUACUCCAAUCAAUCGCCUCCUCAUUCAGUUCAAUCGAACAUGGCAUUGUCACCACAUGCCUAUUUGGGAUCUCCUUCACCUGCCAAAUCACGCCCCAGUUUGCCUACAUCACCCACCCACAUGCAGGCAAUGCGACAUGCCACUCAACAGAAACAAUUCUGUGGCAACAAUUUAAAUACGUUGCUUGGCGGCAGUGGCGUGGGAAGCGGUGCUUCAACGUUACAAUCGCAGAAUUCGCCAAACAGCAUGAGUUUCCAAACGCCCAGCAGUCAAAACUCGCCAGUUAGUUUGGGCAUUAUUUCGCCGACCGGCAGUGAUAUGGGCAUAAUGAUGGCUUCGCAGCAGCAGCAACAGCAACAACAACAACAGCAAAUGCAACAGCAGCAAAAUAAGAAUAGUGCAAUAUUACAAUCCAUGCAACAACAACAGCAUCAACAAAUGGGUGGCAAUACCAACAAUGGAGGUGGAAUGGAUUUCAGUUCAGCCGGCUUGGACUUGAAUAGUUUUUGUGGAUCACCGGAGUCAUUUCACUCGGGCCAAAUGAAUCCACCAUCCAUACAAAGCUCAAUGUCAGCCUCAUCACCGUCGACAGCGAAUAUGUUGUCACCGUCAUCACAACACAAUCAGGCCUUCUAUCAGUACCUGACGCCGCCCAGUCAACAUUCGGGCAGCCAUACGCCUCAGCAUAUGGUGCAAACAUUGGACAGUUAUCCAACGCCUUCCCCCGAAUCACCAGGUCACUGGUCCAGUUCAUCACCGCGUUCCGAUUGGUCGGAGGGCGUACAAUCGCCGGCUGCCAAUAACCUCUACAUAUCGGGUGGCCACCAAGCCAACAAAGGAUCCGAGGCCAUUUACAUUUGACAAUGAAAGUAAAGAGGGAGUCAUCGUCCAGUUUACUCUCUUCUCGCACUAACUGCACUACCUGCCGUCGUCACCCUCUCGCCCGUCUUUUGGGUGGCCAUAGUGUGGGCGUAUGUGAAGUGUCACCAUCGACGAUAACAUUGGUGGUGAUGCCUUAAAUGCUAAAUGCAAAGAGACUUAUUUUAAUUAUAGGUAAAUAUUUAAAAUGAAAACAAAACAUAAAUUAAUUAACUUUAGAGCUUAGGUUAAAGAUAAGUUUAAUUCUGGUUAGGCUCUGUUUCAAAAACAGGGCGUAGAACCGUAUUAAGAGACACGAAAAAAGCCAUAAUUUGUAAGCUUAACUAACUGCACUACAAACACAUAAAAGACAAACAAGAAAAAAAAACAAAACGGAAGAAAAAGAUGACGAAUGGACGAAAACAUUCGAAAGAGGAAGACAGACAUUAUCAUGCAUAUAUACAAACAAAAAAUCAGCUUAACACAAUGGAACUCAUAUGAGAAAUUUACAGCACCCCACCCCAAACUCCCACCUCCAGCAAAUAAAUAACAACACAAACAACAAGCCCCACAACUCACCACCAUUACCAUUCAUUCUACCGUAUGCGAGAAUCUCAAAGACGCAGGCCGUUCGGCAUUGCGCUGCGCGGUCUAUAUAAUCUUCGUUUUGUUUGAUCCCCACUUAAUGUGAAAAAAUUUGUAAAAAAAUCUUCAUUUCGAUUAUUAAGCUUUAAGGUACACAAAAAACAACCCACCCCCCCUCUUUAAACAAACUGUAGAAGACAAAUUUAGUUUUUAAAUUAAUACCUUAAAAUUAGUGUACAAUAUUGUCGACAGUAAUUGAGAUAUGUAUCGUUAAAGCUUGGACUAUUAUGAGGACAGAGAACAAGAGAGAGAGAGAGAGAGAAAAUUAUUAAAAUUCAUCUUAAAACAUAGACAUAUUUAUGUUGAAUUGGCUUAAUUCUUAGUUGAAAUAUGGGAGAAUUCUAUAAUUCCAAUUAUUCCCGGACACAUUUUCAUAUUUGCAAGAAGUAGCAUCAACAAAUUGAACACAAACUGAUUUGUACUUAAAAAUUUGAAAGUCUUUGUAUGUUUCCUGAGAAAAACACCUCAAGAAAAAAUUAAUUCAUCAAACUAUCAAAUUUGCUCUAUUCCUUUUGCUCUUCUCUACGGACAACAAAAGUGCAAGUAUAAGUUCUGCUAAAUAUUUGACUGUGCGUACGAAUCUAUUAUUAUAUUGUUAGUAAGAGGCGAGGUACAUUUAUAAGAGAUGCCAAGUGAACGACAUAAGUCUUAACUUAGUUGAAUAUUAUGUGACCAGCAAUUUACUUUUAUUUAGA